AGUUAUUGAGGUUUAUGCAGAAAACAACAAACAGGAGAACUUCGAUUCGAAUGCAGACCAGGCCGACAUCAAAGCGAAACUGUUGAAAUGUGGCGAAAUCUACACCCUGGACAAUCUUGUUUACAUUUGUAGGAAUUGGGGGUUCUGUGAGGUUGUUCUUCGGAAUUCAGUAUUCUUAAUUAAGAAGCCGCAUCAUGAGCGACGACACCGUAGUUGCUGAGGUUUAUACAGAAAACAUCAAAGAGGAGAGCUUCGAUUGGAAUGCAGACCAGGUCGACAUCAAAGUGAAACUGUUGAAAUGCGGCGAAAUCUACACCCUGGACAAUGUAAAUUAUAUUCUUGUUUGUAAUAUAUGUGAAGAAUCCUUUCCUGAUAUAUUCGAAUUUGGCAAUCACUAUCGAGGGAAGCAUCCUCCACUUGGACAAAAUACCGCUCCUUUGCCUAUCGUCAACGAUAAUCAACCAAACAUUUCUUCGCCUGUUGCCAACGCUAAGGUGGAAGCACCUAGUGAAGAAAAGGAAGGAAAUGGAAAUGUAGAUCUGGAUUUUCUCCUAUCGGAAUACAAGGUGAGGUCCGAAACUGAAGAAUGUAUCGAAAUUAGCAGUGACGACGACUCGACUAGUGAUAACACAGCUAGCAACCACCAAGAUAUCAUGCACAAAGAACUAUCGGAACCUGAGUCGGAUUUCACUUGCACAGCAAAGAAACCUCUAUGCGAUUUCGUCUGCAAACUAUGCGGUAGCCCCUUACAAAAUUAUGCAUCGCUACGGAAGCAUCUAACCCAUCAACACAAAUUCAUUGAGUGUAAAUGUUGUCAAAAAAUUUGCGUUAACCAAGAGCAAUUCGAAAAACACUUCAUAACGCAUAUUCACGACGUAGAAAGUCCCCACAAAAUAAAGAAAUGUCGACUGGUAUAUACCAACCUUGUGUAUGAUAACCGGCCAAAAAAGAAAUGUACCAAAUGUGAAAAAUUAGUUCCUGUUGACAAAAAACACGAUUGUGUACUCAAGUACCGGCAAAAAAUCUAUCAAAUGCUCAAGCAACACUCAACCAAACAUUCUUCGGUGAAGCCAUUCAAAUGUCCUUGCUGUGAUCUACAAUUUGAAACCUCGGAACUCUUGAAAACACAUCAAAAUGCACGUUUGCAUUUUUCAUUCACAUGUGAUUGCGAUCGGGAAUUCAAAACUAUCGAAGACUUGAAAAUGCAUCGAAGCAUUUGCUUGUCGCUCCCGCAAUGAAAUUUUGUAUUUCUAAGAAAAGGGAAGAAGCCGGAAUCCUCCAUCGGCUUACACGGGACUACAAGGGAAAUUUGUGGAAGUAGCCAAGGUAUUCGAGUCUGAAUUUUUAUUUUUAUUUCUUCUAGGAUAAUGAAUAAAUGUAAAUAUCUUACUUUUUCAAUAAACACUUUGUUAAGGGGUGAGAUCAUCAUUCCAGAAGCAGAAAAGAAUAAAUAAGGAUAAAUAGU